AUGUUAUUUAAAUCAUUACAAUCAAUUUCCCAAAAUCAAACAAAAGUCCAAAAGAACUUUGUUGAAGUUUAUCAUAGCACCAACCAAUCAAUAAACAGUGUUGCACUACUUGACAAUAACAAUGUUGGUCUUAUUGGAAACAACUGUGGUAAUAAUGUUCUUGGUGUUCUCUCUAAACAAAACCAAUAA